AUGGGACCCUUUCCACCCUUACAUUCAAACAACCAUAUUCUAGUGGCAGUUGAUUAUGUGUCCAAGUGGGUGGAAGCUGUCGCUCUACCCACCAAUGAUGCCAAGGUGGUCAUUAGCUUUCUUAAGAGAUAUAUCUUUAGCCAGUUUGGUGUCCUGAGGACACUCAUUAGUGAUGGAGGAAGCCAUUUCUGCAACAGACAGUUAGACUCUCUUCUACAGAGAUAUGGAGUCCGUCAUAAAGUGGCAACCCCCUAUCACCCUCAGACAAGUGGACAGGUUGAAGUUUUCAACAGGGAACUUAAGAGGAUUCUUGAGAAGACCGUCAGUGUUUUAAGAAAGGACUGGUCUAGGAAGCUUGAUGAUACUCUCUGGGCAUAUCGGACAGCGUACAAGACUCCCAUUGGGAAGCUGAAAUCCCAGUGGUCAGGACCGUUUGUGGUUACCAGAGCUUCACCAUAUGGUCAUGUGGAAAUACAGGAAGAGAAUUCUGACAGAAAAUUUACAGUGAAUGGCCAGAGGUUGAAGCACUAUCUUGGAGGUGAGAUUGAUCGCCAGAGCUAUUUUAGAAGCAGGAACUGA